GGUUGAAAAUAUCAAGAUGUCUUGAAAAAAUAAUCCUUUCAUUUACAGGGCGUUUCCCGGAUAUUCCACUAGAUUUAGAACCUUUGCGAAUUCGGGCCUUUCAAGGUGAUCCUGAAGCAAGGAAGGCGCUCUCGAACAAUGAAGCUGCAGAAGCUAAUGAGACCAAACUUAGAGCCAAGGAUAGUGGUGCCAAGGAAAAACGCCGUAUAAAAGUCCGGAUGUUUGGCAAUGACCUGAUCAUUCCGAAUGGAGUGAAAUACUUGAAAGAUGUGCCAGCCUUUCUUGUGAAACUGGGGGAGAAAACCAAAGAGAUACGCAUUCAGGCCCUCAACAUGCAAAUCAGAAAACUCCAGGCCUGGAAAAAGAAACUUCUUAUAAGUUUAGGGAGAAAUGAAACUGAUUAUGACAAAGCUGAGGCUGGCGAACAGGGAAUGUCGUCUUUUAGCCCAUCUGUCACAAAUCCAUCUCCCACAGAUUCAAAUCCCACUGAUUCAUCUCCGACAAAGGAGAUGAAAUCAUUUCCUAGUAGCGCCAAAGGCUUUGAUGAUCACGAAAUGGCCACGUUAUCAAGUGACGUUUCCCAUACUGAACACGUGGUUGAUCUUGAAGAGAUCUUCACAAAUUUGCCUGAAAGCACGCCAAUUUAUCGAUCGUCACGUGCUGACUUUUCCCAUCGGUCUUGGAGGAAAGUCGCUCGGCGAAAUCGCCCGAAUUUUACUUCUCUCCGCAAGACUGUGGAACCUAGAAUGAGCCAGGUUGUUCCAGAUUCAGAUUUCCACAUAGAAUCCGAUAUGACUGAGGGGUAUGAGAUAAAUUUGUUGGAUGAAGACCCUGAAGUGGGAGAACAAACACACGAGCCACGAGCAUUCUUUCUUCCUAAGUAGUGUUGAGACUUUUGACGAGGCUGACCAUGAACAAGGCGAGCGGACAAACAACUUCGAGUUUGAUCCUGACGUGGAUUUGUAUCCAGAGAGAGUUAUCUUUAACGACAAACCACACAAAAUUAUAGCAUUACAUGAUUUGGAUGCUCUCCCAAUCAAUUCUGACCCCUUGAGAUGAGGUGGGCUUGCUGCUUCUUGAAUAUAAUAUUGUGAAGUCUU